AUGGUGAUAAAAUCCGGUGGUUCGCCGGCAAACCGCCGCCGGAAAGAAAUGGUGUUCGACCCGAACCCGCUCUCCCUGAGCGUGCCCGAACCCGCUUUUGAGUCGUGGCUCCGAGACUCCGGCUACCUCGAGGUCCUCGACCAGCGCACCACCGACCUCCGCCUCUCCGCCGCAGGGACCACCGAAUCCGCCGCGGCGAAUGGUUUCGACGGGGUACACCUUGCCUCGCAGCUCCUUUCUCGCAUCUGGACCCUCCUGUCGCUCCCCACCUUCAACCCUUUCUCAAAGCUCACCGCCGGCGACUUCACCGGCACCACGCCGAGCUGGACAGCGGCGUUAUUCGGCUCGUACGAGUCGUAUUCGUUCCCGACCUCGCCGUCGCAGGCUCGGCUACGAGUCCACGAGAACGUCAAGCGAUUCGCCCAAAACUAUGCAGUCCUCUUCGCCAUCUUCUUCGCCUGCGCGCUAUAUCAGUUGCCAUUAGCUCUUGUUGGUCUCAUCCUGUGCUUGGCCUUGUGGGAAACGUUUAGACUUAGCAGCAAUCGAUGGGGUUUUGAUCGACAUCCCCUAAUAAGACAACCAUCGGUCCGUUUAGCACAAUGCACCACUGCAGUAAUUUUAUUCAUCUCCAAUGUCCAGUUGGCCGUCUUCUGUGCAUUUGCCCUAAGUUACGCAGCCAUUAUAUUGCACGCUUCGUUUAGAAAGUUGACCCCCACGAAUCAACCGGCUGCCAGAGGUGAAUGCCGGAAGGUGGCCGAAAAAUAA